AUGCAUGGGAGCCCCUUCAGCUGCCUUUUGUCUUUUUUCCAGAACAUCGCCGACGCACUGGCCGAAGGUCGAGAAAAGGAAGCUUCCAGACUUAUAGUUGCAUGGAAUCCUGGAUGCCUGAAAAGCCUGCCACAAAAGGUACCGACUUCUCUGCAGCCGCUCAGUGUUCGGGAAGUUGUGCCUCUUCAAAUUUUUGGAGAGAAAGAUAGCGCUUUGCACGGGCGCAAGGUGUUGCUUCGCGGUGGAGUGUACAUGCAAGACCGCGUUGGAGCGAACGAUUUGCAAGAAGAUUCCACACGGAGCAUCGUCAACGGGCGCCACCUGGCACUGUGGCUUUUCGCCCGUGCUCUGGGGCUACAUGCCAGGCUCGGCUUGACGCUAACAGGUUGUAUGGCCAACUGUCGAGAUCGACUUAGACUGAGGUUCUUCGAAGGUCCAUCUAUGCGAGCAGCAUACUAUGGAGCGCUCAACACUGACAUAUUACGCAUCAGCAAUGUGAGUGCCGGUUUCAUAUUUCCCCACGCUGCAGAGCUUUGCAAGACCUUGUCCACCAGCUUGUGGUCUCAUCUGCCGUCUGCCGGAUUCUUGCCAAGCAUAAGAAAAGCUGCAGAAUCGUUAUCCGGAGGUUCCGAUGAAGCAAAGGAGGCCCUCGGAAGGAUAAUCACAGCUGCUGUAGCGUGUGUAGAUGAAGUAUCGGUAGACCGCAAGGUCGAUGUUCAGAGGUCGAACGCUUCACCGUGGCCCUCGCCAGGAGUCCAUGAGAGAAAAUCAACUCAGCAACACCUGGGGGAAAUGCCGAGAGAAGUUGCCGCAUCUCCCGAGAUUAUGCGGGCCCCUUCUGGUUUGCUUGGGGAUCCGUUCCAAAUGAGGCAAUGGUACUUGCAUUCAUUCUUUGGAAACUUCACUGUGGGAGCAGACAAGGUCUGGCAGAAAAUAGAAGCGGCCACGAAGACAGUGCCCGUGGUACUGGCUGUGUUGGACACUGGAUGCUACUUGCAUCAAGACUUUAUUGACGACUUCGACGUUGCAAGCAGCAUAUUCUGGGACAAUCCUGGGGAGAAGGACUGCACAGAUGGAAUUGACGAUGACGAAAAUGGCUAUGUUGACGACUGCUUUGGUUGGGUGGGUAAGCACCGCUUCCUCCCUGUUAACAAAGUAACUGCUCGGAGAGUAGGUCUGUGGACAUCUUACCCGCCUGCGUUCCUUCCUUCUUACCAGAAUUUUGUAGAAGACAAUGGGCACCCAUUCACCGAUGACUCUGGUCAUGGCACAUUAGUUACCUCUGUGGCAGCCGCACGGGCGCAUGACGGCAGGGGAGGCCGCGGGGUUUUCUCGAAUCCGACGGUAAUGUGCCUUCGCGUCGGAAGCCGGCGAGGAGUUUGGACGUCGACAACAAUUCCAGCUCUCGACUAUGCCGUCAAGAUGAAGGCUCGGGUUUCAAACCACUCCUAUGGAGGACCAGGAUUCGUCGCCGCGGAGUACGAGGCCUUUGUGAGAGCUCUCAAACAUGACCACUUGAUAGUCACCGCGGCAGGGAAUUCGGGCUGCAAUAUUGAUGAACAAAACGAGUGUUAUUUCACUCCUGGAGCAUUCCGAUUACGAGGGCUAGUGAAUGUCAUGGCAAGCGACGUAGCUGGCUUCCGCGCUUCGUUCUCCAACUAUGGAAGUGAGGGCGUUGACGUUGCAGCCCCUGGGACUUUGAUCUACGCUGGGACAAAUUACAGAGCAAACUCAGGGAACCGACGCUGCACUUCCUGUACGCGCAUUCAACUGUUCGCUCGCGUUCAGCUUACAAUUUGGCAGCAUCCACGACGGAGGAUCGGUAGCCUUCACCUGCCAGUCGAAACUGCGGAAACACUGGCAGUUCUUUUAACUGGAGCACCGGAACAACGCUAUGUUCAGCUGAGUGAGAUCUUGCCAAAGGGUGUUGAUUCGCUUCACGUCGUUCUUACUGCUGCAGGCUACACAUACGUCGACGGUACUUCUUUCGCUGCUCCGAUAGUUGCCGGAAUGGCUGCGUCUUUGUGGGCAUAUUUUGAGGCAACCAAUCCUCUAGGCUGGCAACAGUGCAAAGAGCCCGCAAGCAGGAAGGUGGAACAAGCCAUCAUGUACUCUGUAACUGGAUCCAAAGCCCUAGCUGGAGCCCUAGGAACGAACGGAGUAGUCAACAUGUGGCGUGCCAUGAGCUACUUUGACUCUGUGCCAGGCCCAUUCACCCCAGAAUACCCUACGCCUGAAAGAGGGUACGACCCCCACUUUCGUGGAGGUGAAAGCCAUGGGAUUCCUGCUACGGUUCUACCGUUGCUGUGGGCCUUGUGCAUAACGUAUCUACACGUUCUGUAA